GUCUGCCUUGCGGUGAAGCCUCCCCAAGCCCAGCUAUCCUAUCAGUCCGGUUAUUGCCCCACUGUAGAAACAGCGGGUAAGAGUGCAUGAUGCUGAAAUGUCGUCCAUUUCACAGUCGGGCCCGGCCCUUGGUUAAGUGUAUCGCGGGAAGUCCAUAUCCCACCCGUUAUAAGCACUUCCCGUAUUCUCCAUUGAUAUCGCGGGCUUACACCAUUGCACUGGUGGGCCUGGGAUACAGGGGCUACAGAAGCCAUUUGCUUAGCCUGUUAGGUGAUCCAUCUCUUUCAAUUAUCGCCGUUUGUGACACGGACCCCGUGGCGCUGGAGGCUGUCGCCGCUACACACCAGGGCAUUCUCGCCUACUGUUCUCUACCACAGCUUCUACAGCGGCACACGCCAGAUUUUGCCAUUGUGUCUGUGCCUCAUCGCGCUCACAUUCAGUGCAUUACCGCCCUUGCAGCUAAAGGUAUUGCGGUACUAAAGGAGAAACCUGUUGCAGAAUCCAUUACAGAGUAUGAGUGGAUGGCCCGUCUGCCGGUGAGAAUCGGAAUCACCUUCCAGAAACGCUUUGAGCGACAUUUUCUGCACUUUCGGAGCCUCCUCCCAAUUGUUGGAGAUGUUGUGGCGGUUGAGGCAAGCCUGGCCCUGAAUAUUACGAACCUCGAGGAAACAUGGCGGGCAACAGCAGGGGUAGGAGUCACAGAAGACCUGGGCUGUCAUAUGCUCGACAUGCUCGUGUGGCUAUUCGGACCGCCAACUUCCGUGAUGGCGCACCAGGUCUCCUCCGUGCGGCCGGGCCAAAGAUACGGCGGGGACGAUAUCUCUGACAUCUUAAUGGACUGGAGAACAAAGGGCUGUAUUGGUAAUGUCCGCCUCUCACGUGUGGCUCAUAAAUCUGCCCAGUCUAUCACUGUGACAGGAACCAAUGGUACACUUCGUCUUGAUGGAUAUGAAAUCACCCACCACGAUGGCAAGGGUUGUGAGACAAUAAGGGUCAAACACGAGCCAAGUGAAAAACACGUAAUUCAAACCAUGGCCCAUGAAUUCGGAGACUGGGUAUCUGGCCGUCGAUCUGGGUUUUCAACCUCCUUGGCAAAUGUUCGGCGUACAGUUUCCGUUGUGGACGCUAUCAAAGCAUCGCUCGCGAGCCGUCAAAUCCAACACCCGCUCAUACUCUCAUCUUCGGGCCGCGAUCUUAGGGCUACCAAUAACAACCAGCUUUUUUCGAAGGCAGUCAUCAGUGGCCGGGAGUCUGCUGCCAGCUUCUCUACUUCUUCCUCCGGCCAUUCCAACAGCCGUGAAAGGUCGUUCCUUCUCAAUACCCGUGCCUCGAUUCCAGCUGUUGGCUUAGGUACUCGCAGGGCGGCGAGACCAGGACAGAUCUAUGAAGCUGUAAGUGCAGCAUUGGAGGUCGGCUAUCGCCACAUUGAUACGGCACAGUCGUCCGGGAAUGAGCACGAGAUUGGUCGAGCGAUUAAGGAUUCUGGUGUGCCGCGUCGGGAAAUUUGGAUCACAACCAAGUUAGACAACAGAUGCCAUACACAGGUUGAUAAUGCCCUGAAAUUGUCUCUCGAUGCACUGGAAACGAACUAUAUUGACCUCUAUCUCAUGCAUUGGCCUGUAGCCACCAAUCCCAAGGAUCCUACAGCCCAGCUGCCAAACUGGGACUUUGUCAACACUUGGUACGAGAUGCAAAAGCUCCAACCCCUCAACGUGCGAAACAUUGGAGUCUCGAACUUCAGCAUCGCCCACCUGCGGCGACUAUUGAGUCAUCCAACCUGUAAGGUCGUCCCUGCAGUUAAUCAAAUUGAGCUCCAUCCCCACUGGCCGUCUCAUGGGCUUCUCACGUACUGCAAUAACCAUGGCAUUCACUGCACAGCAUACUCGUGUUUGGGAUCCUCUGACUCCCCGCUGUUGCAAGACCACGCGGUAGUCAGGAUCUCGCAGAGGAAGGAUAAGUCACCACAACAGAUUUUUUCGUGUCUCCUCCACACUCUAUACAUACUAAUUUCUCACCACCAAAGAAUCAAAUGGGGCAUUCAACGUGGUACAAGCGUCAUACCAAAGAGCGUUAGCGUGUCGAGAAUUCGACACAAUAUCGAAUUGGAUGGCUGGGAAUUGAGUGGUAAUGAGAUGGACAUGUUGAGUAGUUGCACAACGCGGUUUAAAUCUUGUAAUGGUGACUGGUUGCCCGGCAAGGUGUGCUUCGAUGAAGACGGCUAA